AUGUCAGAGCGCGAGCGCUACAUGAUCAAGAGAAAGCUGGAGGGGCUUCUUUUCCACGGAGAAACUCUGCUAGCCAGAGGCACGAUGUGCGGGGCGCCAACCGGCUGGACAGCUGUUGCCAAACUCUUGGGCUCCUUCUUCUGCCGCCGUCCAGCCGGGCCCACGGUUGCAGCUGGACGAGAUCAGCGGCUCCUGGGACUGAGGCGCGGGAGGGAACCCUGUUCAGUCAUCAAAACCCUCUCUAAGAAGCAGCAACGGUCCAUCAUUGAAAGUCUUCGUUGGCUGUUGGCUGCCAUUGACAAUAAAUACGAAGAGCUGCACACACCACAGCAGCAGCCACUCACGUCGAGCAUCUCAACCUCUAAGAGCAUGAAAAAAUCUGGUGAAAGAUGCUCGUCAGAUAGCUUCUCCGCUAGGUUUCGGCGAUUCAAAGGGAAAACACAUCGUGCAGGUCAACACUCAGUCGAAGCUAAACCCCUAAAGCCAAUCCUACAGAAAGAAGGUUUCAGAUCAAACAAAAAGAAUAUAUCCGUAACAUUUGCAUUGGAUGAACUCAUGGAGGAAGGUGAAUGUAGUAGAGGAAAAGGUGUUUCCAACACUGUGGAGUUUUGCCACAAUCAGAGUGGUGGUAACUUGCCAAUCCCAGCUCCACAUGCUGUGGAUGAUGAUCUUUUCAAAGAACCCAGGACAAAAAUGAUGGUGGAUACCUGGGACGCGGAGGAUAUGUUAUUAGAAAGUCCCCUUGAAGAAAGCUUUGGAUCCUAUGGCUAACUUAGCAGAUUACUAAAGAGAAAAUGAAGUCAAAGUAACAUCUAAUAUCCUCCCUGAGUAACUGGCCUCCUCUCCAGAUCCAGCAGGCCACUCAGUUUUUUUUAUUUUGAUUUGCCACAUCUCAACAGUGCCCAUGCAACACCACCUACUGUGAUAUCACAUCCCUGAGAACUGCUACUGUUCCUCAACCGACAUUCUAGCCAUACACAUGAAUCUUACCACCAAUUCCUGUGUGGGCAUCACAUAGAUCCUGUGCCCAUAGGAAAAAUUAGCUGGUCUCUAUGAGAAUGAAGACAACGUUUACGUCAUUACACCUAGAUACACCUGAUGACGUCGGUGAUCAACAUGUCCAUCACCAUCUGAAAUUGAGCCUUGAAAAUAUGGGAUCAACAUAGAACUAUGUUUUUCCUUAAGGUUCUUAGGCAUUAGAAGGCUGGAAAAAAAUAAAUAGAACUCUUCU